CGGAAGUUUAUUUUAUUUCCGGGGUGUGGGUGGCUAUCAAGAUAGGAGACACGAGAGCCGAAAAUGUCGAAAAACACCGGUGCUAGCAAAUUCAGAAAGGUGAAUGUCGACCAGUUCGACGAAGAUCAAUACAUAGAUGAUGAGGAUGACCAAGAAGCCGACAUUGGUCCCAAUGAAGGAGAAGUCAACGCAUUACUUGCUCAAUCAAAGCAGAAAGAAGCACUAGUAGCAGCACUUAAAAAUCCUCCAAUAGGAUGCAAAAAUCAGGCAACUAAGGAUAAAACAACGAAUCUUGUGGUUCGAGUUUUGCAAUCAUUCAAGAAUAACGAGAUUGAAGGCUGUGUGAAGACACUGGACUCCAAAUCUAUAGAUGUUCUCAUGAAAUAUAUUUACAAAGGCUUUGAAUUCCCAACAGAUAAUAGCAGUGCCACCCUUCUCGGCUGGCAUGAUAAAGUAUUUGCCAGAGCUGGACAGGGUAGUAUUAUACGAGUGCUGACGGACAAGAAACGCCUGUGAUGAUGUAAAACUGGAUCAAAACAUCUGGUGCAAAUAAUUCCAAGACAUUUUAUAAAACUUUAUAAUCAUUAUGAGACAAUGUAUUGUCAUUAUGCUGUUGUGUGCCUACAGGAAAGCGAGCCAGUCUCCUGCUGCCCGAGGUAUGGCCACAGAUUCAGUCGUUGGUCUCGUAGUGUGACAGACAGCUGACUCUCUACUAUAUAGGUCACCAGUACUUGUCAUAUCAGGUGGUGAAAUUCAGCAAAGAUCAGUUCUUCAUCAUAAUCAGUGAGAGUGACUUUUUAAUUUAUAUCAAUGUUUAUUCAAAUCUUAUUAUCAAUAUUCAUUCCAUAGGAAAUUUCUGUAUUUUAUUUCUAGGAAUGUGAUUGUUAUUUAUCAAUUGCUGAAAAAAGGGGAAUGAAAAAUUAGUGUCUUACAUGCGUUGGAGAACAUCAUUGUAAAUAAAAGAAAGCCAAUGUCAUAUGACCACUGGGACACUUAACUAAUGAUAUUAAUUUUCCAUUAGUUUGUCCCAAGUUAAUAUUCCUUUGUGUAUCAAAGAGUGCAGAAAUUGUAAGUGCUUUUCAUUAAUACAGUUUGUACAUAUGAAUUAGUUCAAGAAAUAAUGAAUAAUGUUCAAAAGUUACAGCUACCAAUCUUCCUUUGUUUAAUAAGUAAGUCGUCACAGGUACAGGGCAUCCAGUUUACACUUGAUAUCUUGGAACGUUGAAACAGUAGUCAAAACAUAUUUCUCAUAAAAAUCGGAAGCCUAGAACAUGUCAAAAAGAUGUGUCCCUUCAAUCCCAAAAGUCAAAUUUUAUUUUGAGGAGUCAUACACACAACCUCAAGGGCUUACUGGAUGCCCUGCAGAUACCAGCAUUACUCUGUCAUAAGAUUCCGUUCUCCUGUGAUAUCAGUGUCCUGAAAGGCUCUUUCUAAACAACAAUGUCAAGGUAAAAGAUAACAACGGUUCUUUUCACUUAGCUCUAUAGUAUAGAUCAGGUUGAAUUCGUGGUGAUCUGUAUCUUUGACAUAAAAUCACAUUUUAAGAGAAAUGUGUGUAUGAGUUUAUAUUAUGUGUAACAUGUACAUGUGUAUGAAUAAAUAUGUUACAAGAUAUUAAAUUUAUUAAUAAUA